UCCUUGUUAAAGCAGGACACUCACUGUCAUCAUUUGCUUCUUACUCACGAACUACAAAAUGGCUCGUAUGUUCACAAUCGCAAUCACGCUAGGUUUAGUUCUGAUUUCGUCCGGGACAACCACUUCGGCUGACGUGACCUUCACCUUGGAGGAACAAUUCCAGAAAUUGAGCGACAAUUUUAAUGAAAUGAGGAAAGUUUUUGGAGAAAAAGUUACUCGACUGGAGGAGAUGAUGGAGCAAAAGGAUCGGCAACAGGAAAUUUUGACUGAAAAAAUUAUUCGACUGGAACGAUUGGCCGAAAAGAACGGCAGAGCUACUGCGACUUCGUCAAAAGUAGUCGGUGUAAUUGCAUCCGGCGCCAUGCCGCGGACGUGCAGAGAAGCUCAUCUAGCUGAUCCAUCACUGGCUUCCGGGAUGUACUGGAUCGAUCCAGAUGGCCAAGCCGUUGGUGAUGCUCCCAUCUACGUUUACUGUGACAUGAUUUCAGGAACCACUUCCAUUUCCCACGACAGUCAAUCGUCCAUGAAUGUCGGUCAUUGCGCUGAUCCUGGAUGUUAUUCCAGGGCCAUAGCUUAUAACGCAUCCAGUAGGCAAAUGUCAGCAUUGACUGAACUGUCCGCCGAAUGUCACCAAUCCAUUCAAUACGAUUGCUACUUUGCGCCUUUUCAAUUUGACGGCGUCGCCUAUGCCUGGUGGAACGACAAAAACGGAAAUGCGGAAUACUUUUGGUCCGGUAGCGACGACAGCGUCCACACCUGCCAGUGCGGCAUCGAUCGGAAUUGCGUUGACACUUCGUUGCAAUGCAACUGUGACUCGGCGGCCCCAGUCCAAUUAACUGAUAGCGGCAUCAUCUCUAAUAAGAAUCUUCUGCCCGUCACUCGCCUGAAUUUCGGUCGCACCCAACUGGAAAGCUCUUCCGGUGUUCACACAUUGGGUCCAUACGAAUGCUCCGGACAGGUGGCCGUCACCGGAAUGCCCAAGUCCUGCGAAGAUUUGUGGAGAGGUGGGCACACCUUGAGCGGAUUAUAUUCGAUCGUGGGGUCCCUGAUGGUCGAAAGUGUUUACUGUGAUUUUUCAAAACUUCCCGAUGACGCCGGUUUCCAGAAAUGGAUUGGAUUUGCAGAUGUAAAAUCUUCACCGACCUACUUCUACGUCCAGAGAAAUGCAGAUUUUAGUACACAAGGUGUUCCGAUUCCAUUCGAUAGUGAAAAACUCAACGUCGGCCAAGCCAUGAACUUACAGUCGGGAAAAUUUACCGUACCCCGAACGGGAAAAUAUCAUUUUUCGGCAUCUGGAAGAACAUAUUAUGGGAGAAAUUCGGGGCGAUAUUUCGUUAUUGGUCUUUAUAAGAACAGUGCGGUAAUUGGGUCUUCUCAUGGUGAUGAAAUUAGUGACACCGAUUAUCUAUAUGAAAUUUUUUCCCUUCAAUCAACGUUAAAUUUGGUAGCGGGAGACCAAAUUUGGCUAGAAAGUAGUUACAUGCCAUCAGGAGUUUAUCUGGCGGGUUACACUCACUUUACUGGCUGGCUUCUUGAAGAAGACAUUUCAAAAACACUAAAUAUUGUUUAAUCGUGAAUUGAUCAAACAAUCGUUAUUUUAACAUCAAUACUUUUUUAGUGA